AUGCCGUAUGAUGAUCAUGCAAGGGCUCUCAAAUUGUUGCAUGCACUCGACUUGGAUGUUUGGGGUACAAAAGUGGAAGCGAUUGUUGAGUCUACUAAUUAUGAGACUCUUACAACUGAUGAGCUUUUCAGUAAGCUUAAAUCCAAAGAGAUCGACAUCCAAUUUCGAAAAAAGCUUAACAAUCCCACAGCUGGUUCUUCUUCAAAUAUUCCAAUGGCUUUGGUUUCUGGGAGUACUAACACUAAUGCUAAUCUUUCAUCUACUCCUAGUUUUGCUUUGUCCUCCUUGUGUCAUAUUGCAGAUGAUGAGUUGGAGGUAUUUGAUGAUGAUCAGCUUGUUUUGCUCACCAACAAGUUCAAGCGGGUAUAUGAAAACAGGCGAAAUAGAAGGCGUUCAGAAGGAUGCUUCAACUGUGGUGAGCGUGGACACUUCAUUGCUGAUUGUCCAAGCAAGGUGAAGGCACCGGAGCAUGGCAACAGCUACAGGCGCCAGGAACAAUCAAGGGAUAGGAAGAACAAGAGUGAUAGGCGUGGGAGAAAGAAGGGACAACAGAAGUUUACUGACAAGCAAAUCAAGAAGGCUGCACAUGUUCUCUUCUCUUCGCUGGGUAGCUUUGAUUCAGAUGCCUCCUACAACUCUAGUGAUUCAGAGUCCGAAGAUGAGAAGCCCAAAAAGACCAAUGAUGGAGGACUCUGUUUUCUUGCUGACAUCAAGGGAGGCAUGUGCACUAUGGCUUUAAAUGAGGGUGAUGCAUAUGACUGCAGCAACGACUCUUCUGAUAAUGAGGUACAAAAUUCUGCUGAAGAAGAAAUUGAAGAGUUGACUAAACUUGUUGAUAAACAAAAUAAAAUUCUAGCAAGACUUAAGGCUGAUCAUGAUAGAAUAUCUGCUGAAUUAAAAACACUAAAAGAUGCUACACCUGCUGCUGUAGAAUGUGAGGAAUGUUCUAUUCAUAUGGUUUCUAUUUCUGAAUUGCAAUCUAAGCAUGCUGUUUUAGUUGAUAAAUUUGAUUGUGCUAAGAUUGAAUUGGAAGAACUUCGCUCUCGUUCUGUUUUACUUGGUGCUUGUGCUACUUGUCCAAUUUUGCAAACUGAGUUGAAUGUUGCUAAAUGCCAUAUUGUUCAGUUGGAGAAACACACUUGUCCUGUUUUACCUGAGUGUUUGACUUGUCCUACUUUUGUUGCUGAAAUUUCCAUCUUAAAGAAGGACAAUGCUGCUUUAGAAGAAGAAAACACUCAUUUGAGAACAAUCCUUGGUUGGUGUUCUGUGCGUGAGCCCCAGAUUGGUAUGACUAUUGCACAAAUUAAAAGGGGUGAACAUUUUGGUGUUGGUUAUGAUUUGAAGCGUACUUUUGGUAAAAAGAAUGCAGAUGGUGAGAACAAUGGGCCUACUCCCAGUGAGAAGAGUCCACCGGUCUCACCUGAAGGUUUUGUGGUAGAACCUCCCAAGUCUGUUCCUAAAAAGCAGGAUGGAGGCGAGGAGAACAUAUGGAUAAUGGACUCUGGUUGUUCGCGUCACAUGACCGGAGAUGAUAGAUGGUUCUCCAGCCUCACCCCCGCGAGCGGUAAAGAAUACAUUACAUUCGGGGACAAUAGUAAAGGAAAAGUGAUGGCACAUGGCUGUAUCAAGGUAACCAAUAAAUUCAUGCUAAAGGACGUCGCGAAGACAUGUGAGGUCACCUUCGACGAGACGAUGCCUUGUUUCUCUUCUGCUUUUGAGUGUGCAGGUGAUGAUGAGAUUGGACAAAACAUUUUUGAAGAUGAGGUUGAUGGACUUGACGAUGAUGAUGAUGCAACAGAGGAUCCAGCUGUGCUCGAGCUACAAUUGAGGGGGAGGCAACUUCUGUUAGAACAGCACCUCGACAUAUUCAGCGUCGCCAUCCACCUCAACAAAUGA